GCAUUAGUUUGUACUUUUUGAAAGAGGUUGCUACAAGGUUGCGCGCGUAUAAGGUUAACGUUACCGAAUUCUCCUUAACUUCUUAAAAAAAAUUGUUACAAAAGGUUGGAGGUUAUGUUUGUCAUACGAAAUUUAAACGUUUAAUCGCAUCGCUUUCAAACAUUCUUUCGUCAAGACUCGAAUACCAGUCAUGGACACAGGAAAUUCGACGUCCGGUGACAGCUCCUCGCAGUUGAAUAUAGAGACUACGCCCCGCGCUGAACGACGGGUUACUCGAGGUUCACGACAAAGAGCUGUGGACAGCGUGACAAAGAAGUUCCUUAGAAACUUUGAUCCAGAGCAUAGCGAAAGAGAGAAGCGCAAACUUCAUCGACGAUUGUAUCAGGGUCACAAAAGGCACGCUUUGUACGACGAAAACGGUAUUCACAUAGAAACAGGGGAUGAUCUGUGCGACUGUUUGAAUAUAACCUGUGCUGGAUGCCAUUACCCUUGCGCCAAGUGUUCCUCUGCAAAAUGUGGCCACGAGUGCAGAAUCAACCGUAAGUGGAGCUAUGAAUCAAUCGAGAACGAAGGUUGCGAUGUUGUUAUAAAAAAUCCACUGUUGAAAGACAGUUAAUUUUGUAUACAAAAAACAAAGUUAAUAGACAAAAGUGAAGACUGCAAAGGUAAGAACAUUUAUAGAGACCGUGGCUGUCUUUCCAUGAAAGAAUUUAUUAACAUAUUCAAAUCAGGAUUACGUAAAUUAUAAUAGAUAUAAGGUGACAAUUAGGAUAGAAAGCAUAAUGUGCAACUAUGGAAAUGCAAUAAAGUUAUACAUAUGUCUC